CUAUGUCUUCUCCUUCACCUCAGAUGUUGCCGCCCGGCUUCCAGAGCAGACUUUUCAGCCUGUCAUCGCAGAUCCUUUGCUCUCCUGGUACGGACUCACUCGGAAUACUAAGGGUCCUUCCUAUGCCUCAAAACCAGCCAAGAUGUUCGGCUUCGACUUCUUCGGCUUCAAUGUGUUCGGCCUGGACAUGCUCAACAUGUUCCAGCUCCCAAGCUACUUGGGCGGCUUCAGCAAAAUCAUCAUCUACUGCACGCUGGCUGUGUCACUCCUGGGGGCCGUAGGCAACGGACUGGUGCUCUGGUACCUGGGCUUCCACAUCAAGAAGCGCGCCCUCAACACUUAUCUCCUGAACCUGGCUGCUGCCGACUUCCUGUUCCUCUCCUGCCAGGCAGGCUUCUGCAUCAGCCAUGUGAUGCUGGGUAACUCCCAGAGCACGAUGUUCUUCGCGGUUACCUUCCUGUGGUUCACAGCGGGGCUCUGGCUGCAGGGGGUCUUCUGCAGCGAGUGCUGUUUCUCCUACGCGUUCACCUCCUGCUGUAAGUGCAACCGUCCCAAGUGGACCUCGAUUAUCAUCUGUGCCAUGGUCUGGGUGAUGAGCAUGUCAGCUGUGCUAACGACGGCCAGGGCCUGUGGCAUGUUGCAAGACGCGUUUCGCCUGGGGUCCUGCCUCCAUUACCAUGCUGCCAGCAUCGCCUUGCUGGCGACCCUCAUGAUCACAGCGGGUGGGGCCAGCAUGACCCUCUUCUGCCUGAGCUGCUGCAAACUGCGCCAGUUUCCCAAAUUCUACCGCGUUGUCAAGACAACAGCGUCCCUGGUCGUCGUCUGUCGCCUGCCUUUCGUCCUCUAUUGGAGCCUGCGGCCUAUCCUAAACUUUCUGAUGCCCAUGUUCCUCCCUCUGGCCACCUUCCUGGCCUGCAUCGACAGCACCUCCAGGCCCUUCAUCUACUACGUCAUGGGCCGGCAGCGCGGGAAGCGAGAGAUGCCAGGGGUGAUUCUGAAGAGAGCCCUGACAGAGCACACCCAGCAGAACACUGGAGGGAUGUCGAGGGGGCUGUCUAGGGCGCUGGCUAGGGUGCGAUCCCUGCCUUUGGUACGCGGCCGCCGCAUCGUUAAAAUUCACGCCGCUCCUGGGGGUCCUGCAGCGCGCCACCCUCCAGUAAGACGGUCCUUCAGUUUGCCACCCACCAACAAAUUCUCGCGGUAUUAAGAUGGAGUAAGUUGUUACAAUAUAAUUUUCCUUUUGGCCAAUAAUGCCGAAAACGCCUGGGAUGGACCACCGCGCCCCACCCCCACUCCUGCCCCACUGCCUUUGGGCCUCGUGUAGGAGGGGCCAGGCCUCCCUCACCCUGCCGAGGUCACCCUGGCCUAGGGGACCCACGGACCUGCAGAGGAUAAGAGACCAGGGAGACAGGCAGGUGCAGAGAGGAGAAACGUGGACACAGAGAGGAUGUGCAAACUCCUCCCCAACCAUGGCAGGUCACCAUGGCCUACAGCAGAGCCCCCGUGCGGCUGGAUGCAGUGGAGCUCAGGACUCUGGCUCCUGGGCAGAUGCCCACCGACUCGCUCCCCGAACACUCGACUCUUCACUGAGGAGCCUCAGUUGAACUGCUCGUGUCUCCCCGUCUCAUUCAUGUAUGCCCCCAAACUUCCGCGGUUCAGAGCCCACUCCUCUCCCACCUCACAGGGUGUAUGCUCAGGGAGACCUGCCCAAUUCUCCUUCCUGGUGUCACCAACAGAGACCACCAGGUGGCGUCGCUUGAUCACCAAACAGACCUCUUUCCUGGCUGGGCCGUCCUCUCUGCACCUGCAGCCCACCUACUUUUCCCACCCUACUUCCUGCCCCGGACAGGGAAGGGCUCCUGCUGUGGACCCUAUGUUAACCCUUCCCCCUCCCCAACUUGGUUCACCUGUGGCUAGUCCAGACUGGAGAGAGCAAGAAACAGACAGACAGAGAUAGAGACAGAGACAGAGGCAGAGGCAGA